UCCCUCAGUAGAUUUUACACCCUGUGGACUGUGAAAACUUAACCCUGCGUUCAAACUGCAGUCAACUCUUCCUUCAGUUAACCCUACGUUCAAUCUUCUGUCAGUCCUUCCUUCGGUUAACCCUGCGUUCAAACUGCAGUCAACUUUAUUCAGUUCAACUGUCACUUCUUGUCAUUCCGAGCCUUCAUCGGGACCACCCGACGCUGCGAGGAGUACUUGUUCUUCCAGGAGCGCUGUGCCCUGUGGUGUUGUGUUCGCUGAAGCAUGUGUGUGUGCUCCACAGGCUUGGCGUUAGCUGGACUCUCUCCUCUCUGUAGGGUGUGUGAUCAGUGAAGCAUGGAUUCAGCAGAGCUGCUGCUCUAUCAGUCUCUCAGGCUGCCAGCAGGACAGGCUGAUAGCAGGACAGGCUGAUAGCAGGGUCUCCUAAGGCUGUGGACUCCGUGGUGACUGUGGUCUCUGGAUUUUGGUCUCUAUCUGAAAGUGGGGUCUGGUGUUGGAUGGGCUGGUUGAACAGUGGACUCUGCUUCUGAAGAAGGCCCUGUGCUGGACAGUAGACUCAGUGGAUCAGUCUUGAUACAUUCCUUUGGCUUCUACAGUGGUUAUUCACAGACUUUGUCUAGUGGACCUUAGACCCUCUUUCUUUAUUCCCUGUGUGAAGUGGACUUUGUUCCAAGAGGACCAGUCAGUGAGUCUGUCCAAUGUGAUGAGAACACCCUUGGCUCAGUACUCCUCCUCCUGGCUGUGGCCAUCUCCUAUGGGCCAGACUGAUGCCUCCCUUCCCUCUGAGGUGUCGAUGAGGCUGUGUGAGGCUCCAUGCAUCCCCCCAUCAUGGAGGUCAUCUUCAACCUGAUAACUGCUGACCCUUCUCCACCUCCCUCCCCCACAACCAUUGAGCGGUUGGAGGUAAGUGGCUUGGCUCAGACCCCCCAGGCAGUGUUGUGUGGUGCUGAUGGGUCGUUCCUCGGGGGUGAAGAUGGCACCCCGGACCCCCAGCGCACCAAGCAGGCCAUCGCCCAGCUGCAGCAGAAGAUCCUCAAGCUCACAGAGCAGAUCAAGAUUGAGCAGACGGCCAGAGACGACAACGUGGCCGAGUACCUCAAACUGGCCAACAACGCUGACAAGCAGCAGAGUGCCCGCAUCAAACAGGUGUUUGAGAAGAAGAACCAGAAGUCCGCCCAGACCAUCCAGCAGCUGCAGAGGAAGCUGGAGCACUACCACCGCAAGCUGAGGGAGGUGGAGCACAACGGCAUCCCUCGCCAGCCCAAGGACGUCCUCAGGGACAUGCAGCAGGGCCUGAAGGACGUGGGAGCAAAGGUUACAGGCUUCAGCGAGGGCGUGGUGGACAGUGUCAAGGGAGGCCUCUCCAGUUUCUCCCAGGCCACGCACUCCGCCGCCGCCGGGGUCGUCUCAAAGCCCCGGGAGAUUGCCUCGCUGUUCCGCAACAAGUUUGGCAGCGCCGACAAUAUCCCCGGGCUGAAGGACUCCUUGGAUGAUCCGUCAGGGGGCGAGGAGGGGGUGACUGGGGCCGGGGGGAGUUCUCUGGGCAGCGCAGGUCACCACCAUCUACAGUCCAGCCCCAAGUACGGCAGCGAGGAUGACUGCUCCAGCGCUACGUCGGGGUCGGCAGGGGCCAACAGCACCACAGGGGCUCCCGGAGGCCCCCCCAGCUCCAAGGGGAACACCCUGGAGAGGAGCCAGAGCUCUAGCCUGGACAUGCUGCUACAGGAGGUGCAGGAGGGCCAGGGGAGACUGGAGGAGAAUCUGGAGGGGCUGAAGAGUCACUAUCAGAGAGACUACACUGUCAUCAUGCAGGCCCUGCAGGAGGAACGAUUCAGGUGUGAGCGUCUGGAGGAGCAGCUGAAUGAUCUGACAGAGCUCCACCAGAAUGAGAUCCUCAACCUGAAGCAGGAACUGGCCAGCAUGGAGGAGAAGAUAGCUUACCAGUCCUACGAGAGAGCCAGAGACAUACAGGAAGCUCUGGAGGCGUGCCAGACGCGGAUCUCUAAGAUGGAGCUGCAGCAGCAGCAGCAGCAGGUGGUCCAGCUAGAGGGCCUGGAGAACGCCACGGCCCGGACACUGCUGGGGAAACUCAUCAACGUCCUCCUGGCCCUCAUGGCCGUGCUCCUGGUGUUUGUCUCCACUGUGGCCAACUGUGUAGUCCCUCUAAUGAAAACCCGCUCCCGGUCCUUCUCCACCCUCCUCCUCAUCCUCCUCUUCGCCUUCCUCUGGAGGAACUGGGACGCUCUGUCGGGCUACACGCACCGUGCCCUGCAGCCGCCCAGAUGACCGAAUGGAGACGUGUGUUUCUAUGACUAUGCGCGAGGGUGGAUACUCUGUCCACACACACACACACACACACACACACACACACACACAGAGAGAAAGCAGGAAGAGCCUAACUGCCAAUGGGAUGUCGUGGUUGUCUUGACGGACGCUGAGGAAUUAGUCUAUCGGUUGAGCUCUGUGAGGCAGGAUUUGGACUGAGGAGAAAGUGAGGGAAGGAUGGAAGAUGAGAAUACCACUCAGUCAUCACUUUUGUUUAGGAAGGAUGAAACUUUGUUUACAUUCAGAAAUAGUGUUUAUUUCUUUCACGGGAUGCAUCGUCAUACUGUUUUUCUUUUCUUCUAGGGGUUAAUCAAGUAUAUUAUUGUUGUUUAUUAUUUUUUUCUAAUAAUAUAUUAUUUUUUACAUUUUAUUCAGUACCAUGUAGCGUUAAGCUCCUCCCACUCUGCACAAAGAGGAGCUUGGCAAGAAACUGAUUGGACGUUCACCUCAGAGGCUCAGGCCCUCUACUGAUAAAUGGUACUCUGAUUUGGUUGCCUUUCUUAAAGAAAGUGCUCUAUCGGUCUGUUAUUAGUAGAAAAUGAAAAGAUGAAUGAAUCCCCGCCUCGCACUUUUUCCACCGCGAUGGAUUCUGAGAUGAAAAGGAACCUUUCUACCGAGUACUCUUUGUUUUCCGGACACAAAAGACUGACGGACAUUACUUUGCGUGUCAAGCUAAGAGACUUCUCGUGCUUCCGUACUGUUUCUACUAGCAAUGAUUUACGUCCUAUUAAAUGUGUCUUUUUUUUUUUAAAGGAAAGUCAAUUAAUUAGGAGAGGUCAUUUUAAUUAGGAGAGGUGAUGUAAUGAAUUCUAAUGACUUUUAGAGAGUGGCACCAGCUUAGACAAGAGGGAGGGUUUGACAGUUAGGGCCACUCACCACGGAGCCACGAGAGACCGUAGGUACAGAUAAGGCCACUUUGCAGGAAAUGUGGAGUUGCCAUGAUAUUGCUUUCACUGGUGCUCACCCAUUGUGUCAGCUGAAAAAGCAUAGACUGUCUGCCAGACAUACACAACAGUCUCCACUGCCAUGCUACUGUUGUUCAAUGCACUGCCUGUAUGAAGAAUGUGACUCACUCCAUCACAAUGGCUAUGUUUAGACAGACAGCCCAAUUCUGAUCUUUUUUUAACUAAUUGUUUUUUUGACCAAUCAGAUCAGCUCUGAGAAAAGUCUGAUGUGAAAGGAUCUAGUGAUUCGUCAAAAGACCAGUUAGUGGGUAAAAGAUCAGAAUUGGGCUGCCUGUGUAAACGCAGCCUUACUGUCCUAUCUCUCCAUCUCUCACCUCAUUGCCCUGUUUUUUCAAGCAUACCAGUAUGUGCCAAAACUGUCCUAUUUCACAUUGCCAGAUCUGUAUGUGCUUUAUUAGCCAACUCCUCUGACUCUCACAGUCAUGACAUAACAGAAGAGUUGGCUAAACUAAGCACAAACUGAUAUGGGACCAGGCUAACAGAAUAUACCUUUACAAGGUUGUCUGGGUAAUUUCUCUGAGACACUCACUGCUAAUAACCUGGUGUGUGUUUCCUAAACCUGGUCCUUGAUUACUGCUGAAUAUGAUGGCUCUCUAUCCGUCUUAUCCUACCAUUCAUCUGUUCAUGGAGCUUCAGUCGACCUAGAUGAUAUGAAUGAGUCCUUCUGCAGUCCAUUCUGACGCUUGUUUGAUGAAGAUCAUAACUUAUAGUGGGAGCUGCAGACCAGCAUUCCGUAGUGUUAGGACCAGGAUGUUCAGGAUCUUUGAAACACUUUUAAACCAGAAACUGCACUGAAUUUAUUGUCAGUCUAAUCACUAAAUAGAAAUUAAUUGAAGUCAAUGGAUAUUGUUAUUACACACCAAUCAGUUUAAAGAUACUGAUCAUUGUUGUGAUCUUGAACGUUGCCCAGGUGAGUGGCUCCUGAGUUGACCUCUGACCUUGGUGUGACUUUGCUGUGACCUCCGAUGCAGCGUGGUAGGGUAGGGUUGUGUGCUAAACCACUCCAGUGCCUUCUGAUGUGGGAUAAUAAAAGUGCAUUCCUGACUAACUCCUGGCCCCAUGACUUGUGUGUGUGUGUGUUGAGGAUCGGAGGGGUUUGGGGUGUGUCUAGCUUUCUCAUAGGAUUGGUAAGCGAUUAUCUCCUCCAUGCUGGCCAGCUCCUGCCUCAGGUUAAGGAUGGUUCAGGUUAAGGAUGGUUCAGGUUAAGGAGGAAAUGGACCAAUAAGAGCAAUUAUUUAAAGCAAAGUAAUGUUGUAAAACAGAUUCUUAAACUGCCUGGACCACACUAUGUCUGGAUGAAAUGUUUAAUUGAGGAACAAAAUAGGCUGAAGCACUGAUGGUGUUUUAGUGUUAAAUGUGAAUUGAUUAUAGUGUGAAUAAAUCAGCCUUGUUGACGUUUGUGGAUUAAUCCACUA